AUACCCCGCGCAUGCGCGGUGGCGCCGUGCGCAGAAGAUGGCCGCAGUGGUGCGGGCGAUGCGCGGGCUGGUGAACGGCGCCGGGCCCGGGGGGCCGCGGGAGCAGGGGGGGGCCCUGGAGCAGGCGGCGGCGCUGACCCGGGACUUCCUCUCGCAGCCGCGGCUCACUUACAAAACUGUCUCGGGUGUGAAUGGUCCCCUGGUUAUCUUGGAUCAAGUAAAGUUUCCUAGGUACGCAGAGAUUGUCCACUUGACUCUUCCUGAUGGCACAAGAAGGAGUGGGCAGGUUCUGGAAAUCAGUGGCUCCAAAGCUGUGGUUCAGGUAUUUGAAGGGACUUCAGGUAUUGAUGCUAAGAAAACAUCUUGUGAAUUUACUGGGGAUAUUCUUCGAACCCCUGUGUCUGAGGAUAUGCUUGGCAGAGUAUUUAACGGCUCAGGAAAACCUAUAGACAGAGGCCCCAUUGUUUUGGCUGAAGAUUUCCUCGACAUAAUGGGUCAGCCCAUCAAUCCCCAGUGUCGUAUCUAUCCAGAGGAAAUGAUUCAGACUGGCAUUUCUGCUAUAGAUGGUAUGAACAGUAUUGCCAGGGGGCAGAAAAUCCCCAUAUUCUCAGCCGCUGGCUUGCCCCACAACGAGAUUGCAGCUCAGAUAUGUCGCCAGGCUGGCUUGGUGAAGAAAUCCAAAGAUGUAAUGGACUACAGUGAGGAGAACUUUGCCAUCGUGUUUGCUGCUAUGGGUGUGAACAUGGAGACUGCUCGGUUCUUCAAGUCAGACUUUGAGGAAAACGGGUCCAUGGACAAUGUGUGUCUCUUCCUGAAUUUGGCCAAUGAUCCAACCAUCGAGCGCAUCAUCACACCUCGCCUGGCUCUAACUACAGCAGAGUUCUUGGCAUAUCAGUGCGAGAAGCAUGUGUUGGUCAUUCUGACAGAUAUGAGCUCCUAUGCUGAAGCCCUGCGAGAGGUAUCAGCAGCUAGAGAGGAGGUGCCUGGCCGGCGUGGCUUCCCAGGCUACAUGUACACUGACCUGUCUACUAUCUAUGAGCGUGCUGGGCGCGUGGAAGGCAGGAAUGGUUCCAUUACUCAGAUCCCUAUUCUUACCAUGCCUAAUGAUGAUAUUACUCAUCCUAUCCCUGACUUGACUGGAUACAUCACUGAGGGACAAAUCUAUGUGGACAGGCAGCUGCAUAACAGGCAGGCAUGUAUCACCCCAGUUAGAGUAUACUUAAGAUUAUUCUGUACUUCUUGAAGUGUUAAUGAUGAUGUCUUGGAUGCCUUUUUCCUCCAGGUUUACCCACCUAUUAAUGUCUUGCCCUCCUUGUCUCGACUGAUGAAGUCAGCUAUUGGAGAGGGCAUGACCAGGAAGGAUCAUGCAGAUGUAUCCAACCAACUGUAUGCCUGCUAUGCUAUUGGGAAGGAUGUGCAGGCCAUGAAGGCUGUGGUUGGUGAGGAAGCUCUGACCUCGGAUGAUCUUCUUUACCUGGAGUUCCUGCAGAAGUUCGAGAAGAACUUCAUUGCUCAGGGUCCUUACGAGAAUCGCACCGUUUACGAGACCUUGGACAUCGGGUGGCAGCUGUUAAGGAUCUUCCCCAAGGAGAUGUUGAAGAGGAUUCCUCAGGCAACCCUGGCUGAAUUCUAUCCUCGGGAUUCCACUGCAAAGCACUAACCGCAGCUUCAUCUCUUACCCCUUGCUCUGUGAAAUGCUGUUUGUUUUCCUUUUCCAUGUGUUGGUGUUUACUUGUCGCCCUUACAAUGAAAACCAAGGAUAGGUGA